CGGUGGAUCAGUAACAUUCCACCGGACGCCCCAGCAGAUAAACAGCCAUCGCCUACGGAAAUGGAGAUCCCCUCUGACCUCAAGUCUAUCUGCAGAGAACUCUUCGUCUCCGAUGACACGCCAACCCAGAGCGACACAAUUAUCCCCAGCGCUAGUGGCGGUGAUGGAGUUGGUGGAGAGACUUCUAAAGGUAGAGCGGAAGGCGACCACCACGUACAGCAGCAGCAGACGCAGGGAGGUUGCGCUAGCGGUGGUGGUGGUGGUGAUGGCGAUGGAGGUGUGGCAGACCAAGGCAACACGACGACUGCCCAAAGUGGAAAUCGUCUUUUGCCUCAGCCUACACCUGGCGGCAGCAACCACCAAUCGCCUGCUCUCACAUGGCCUCACCACGACGCUACGCCUCCUUCCUCCACCCCGUCUGCGCAUAGACACAGAACCAGGGAGAGAUCUUCGAUGAAAGGAUCUCCGAAUCGGACCUUCGACGACAACGAGACGCGGUCAGUUGUCGAGGACUACUUCGCGAGAGGCAAAUACCCUGGCGUGGGUGAGGUUCGUCGACGAACCGUCAACUCAGAGCUGCGCGCCAGCCGCACAGUGAGAAGCAUUUGGAAAAAGGCGAAGCGACUGCAAGCAAGCGGCCGUUGGACCGAAUAUGCUCUCCCGUGA